AUGGCCGGCUUUUUUUAUGGCUAUGUUCCCGAUGGUGAGCGUCUUAAGGAGAAACGCCGACGAUUGGGUAAGGUAUACGCCGCGUACAAAAUGUUACAAAGUCAUACAGGAGUAGGAUGGGAUUCUACCACUUCAACUUUCACUUGUUCUGAGGAGCUACAGAAAGAUCUUUGUAAGCGAAACCGCGAUGUGAAAACAGUGUUUACUAAUGGAUGGAAGCUGAACGAGGCGUACUUGGCUGCCCUAUUCCCCAGUAGACCACAAGGUUCAGCAAACGAAAGUCAUGAAGUGGAGUCAAGCAGAACGAGACGCCGCAGAAGGGGCUUUCGUGCAGCAAUACGCCUCGCUACAGCCGCCGCCAUUGUUUAUGAUGAGUACCGGGUACCAAGGCCGAUGCAUAACUCUGCUUUAAGGGGUAUAGACAAAGUGAACGAGUUAUUAGCAAAUACUAAUGAGGCUGCAAUGUUUAACAAGGUGCGUAUGGGACCACGUGCAUUUAGGAUUCUUUGUGAAAUACUAAUAGAGAGAGGUUUGUUACAACCAACAAACAAUAUGAACGUCCCAGAACAAGUAUUUGUCUUCUUAACCAUCGUUGCACAAAGUCAAACUAAUCGUGAGUCACAAGAUGUAUGGCAACAUUCGGGGGAGACAAUUUCACGAAGAUUCAGUGACGUCCUAGGUGCAAUUUGUGCGUUGCACGAUGAUUUCAUUAAACCUCCCAACUAUGACAAAGUUAGUGAUUUUGUCCGUGGCAAUCGUCAUAGAUAUGGGACUUGGUUUAACGACUGCAUAGGUGCAAUUGACAGGACUCAUAUACCGUGUACACCGAUUGGUGUUCAAAAUCAGACUACGUACCGCAAUAGGAAAGGGUUCAACUCUCUUAAUGUAAUGGCAGCCUGUUCAUUCGAUAUGAAGUUCACAUACAUAUUUAGUGGUUGGGAAGGUUCAGCACAUGAUGCACGAGUGCUUGCGGAUGCGGUCGCCGAACCCAAGUUCAAAUUCCCACAUCCACCGCUUGGAAAAUACUAUCUUGUUGACGCGGCGUACGCGAACAAUGGUUGUUUUCUUGCUCCGUACAGAGGUGGGACUUACCACUUGCCUGACUACCAAAGGAGAAGUGGUGGAUUUAAGGGACCUAAAGAUGUUUUUAACUACAAACACUCAUCCCUGCGAAAUUGUAUAGAGCGGACAUUUGGUGUUUGGAAGGCUAGGUUCCCUAUAUUAAGGCGGACCAAUAACACUUAUCCAAUGACUAAACAAGUGAAGAUUCCAGUGGCAUGUGCAAUCUUACAUAAUUUCAUUCACAUGGUAAAUGAGGGGGACUCGCUUCUAAAUCAGUACUACCGUGAUGGAGUACCGGUUAGUGAAAUAGAUCCAACCAAUAGUGAUGGAUUUGAUGACGAUGACGAUGACGACAAUGUCCCAGAGGAGCCAAUAGUAACAGGAGCUACAGUUAGCCGAACAGAGAUGGGUCGUUUUAGGGAUCGCCUAGCAAAUGACAUGUGGGUGGAAUAUCAAAGAAGCCGCAGGAGACAAGGUUGA